AUGAUCCUGUUCUUGUAAAUUCAAUUGAUCUGAGUUCGGCCUGUUCUCAUCAUCGGUUAUGGCAUGAGAAUCAAUGGCUAAUAGCCGAGGUACGACUACGGCUCUGAUUUAGCCCCACGAGUCCCAAUAAAGAUCCACAACGCGACUUCAGCCUUUCGCGCCUGGUAUUCUUGCAGCAAUGAGAUCUCUGACAAUUGUGCGCGCAGACGGAAAACCUGGAAGCGUUUAUUAUGAUCUUUCGUUAGAUGUAACUCCCAACUUCCCGCAGCCGACUAGAAGCCAGGUUUUGGUGAAGAUCGCGGCCGCAGCUCUGAACCAUCGCGACCAUUUCAUACGGCAACAUCUCUACCCAGGAGUAGCUUUCGGUGUCACCCUAGGAUCAGACUGUGUGGGUCAAGUUAUCUCUAUUGGACCUGAUGUGCCGGUCAAGUCACUGAUCGGGCGGCGCGUGCUGGUCUACCCCGCAAUAGGGUGGAUAUCGAAUAUCACAGCACCGGAGGAUCCUGCUUCGUUUGCCAUUCUCGGUGGAACAAAGUCUUAUCCAACUGGGACGUUUGCGGAUUAUAUAUUGCUGGAAUCUCCCAGCUUAGUACAUGACUGUCCUCCUCAUUUGACCGAUCCACAGGCGGCUGCACUUCCUCUCGCUGGGCUUACGGCUUACCGCGCGCUUUUCACACAAGGACAAGUUACCUCUGAAUCUACAGUGGUGGUUACCGGCGCUGGUGGAGGUGUUGCUCUUUAUGCUAUUCAAUUCGCUAAAGCAAUCGGUGCGAGGGUAUAUGUAACGACCGGGAACCAAGAAAAACUGGAUUAUGCUAUCAACCACUUAAAAGCUGAUGGCGGAGUUCUGUACACUGCCAAGGAUUGGGGUAAGCAGCUCUUCUCACAGCUCCAGAGUAAUGGUGUUGCAGGUGUCGACGCUGUAAUUGACGGUUCGGGUGGAAAAUCUAUGGUUCAAUUGAUGAGCGCGAUGAAAGCUGGCUGUAGGUUUGUCAGCUAUGGAAUGACGACUGAACCGCGUCUCGAAAUGGGAAUGGCUGCUGUGCUCAAGCACAUUGUGGUUGCUGGUUCUACUAUGGGAUCGAUGCGAGAAUUUGACGACAUGAUUAGUCUUGUGGGCGACCGUCAUAUAGUUCCCGUGGUUGCAAAGACUGUUCGUGGACUGGAAAAUGCUGAGACUGCAUUCAAAGCUUUUCUCUCGUCGGACCGGAUAGGGAAAGUCGUCAUAGAAGUUCAGCAGCCUGAGCGCGCAAAUAUUUAGUUCUCCUCCUCUGCAAUUAUACGGAAAUGCAAAUGGCGUCUUU